ACGGAAGAGAUUUACUCAAGCUGACUUUCAGUGAAUCCAGAUUCAUACCAUUUCAGACAUUACCUUAUGGCUGUUGCCCCUGAGCAGGAAUUGGAGGAAAAAUGGAAGAGGGAGCAGGGCAGUCUGAGGCAGCAGCUGGUGGAGGAGGACACCGAGGAGUGGCAGAGGAGCCAGGACUUCUCUGGCCUGGAGAGGGUCGGGGGAGUGGACCUGUCCUUCAUCAAAGGAGAUGACGUCAACGCCUGCGCGCAGCUCGUGGUCCUCAGCUACCCCGGCCUGGAGCUGCUGUACGAGGACAGUCAGAUGGUGACCCUGAGUGCCCCCUACAUCGCUGGCUUCCUGGCCUUCCGGGAGACUCCCUGUCUCCUGGAGCUCCUGCGGCGUCUGGAGGCCACCCAGCCCAGCCUGCUACCUCAGGUGGUCCUGGUGGAUGGGAACGGCCUCUUCCACCAAAGAGCAGAGUUUGGUCUGGCUUGUCACCUGGGGGUCCUGUCAGGGCUUCCCUGUGUGGGCGUGGCCAAAAACCUACUGCAGGUGCAGGGCGUGGCCAAGAGCGAGGAGCACGUCGCCCAGCUGUCGUGGCUGUGUUCAGGUGUUUUUCUUUGUGGUGUUUUACUGACGGUGUCUCUGCGUACGGUUUUGCCCUUGGCCACAGAAAACUGUGAAAGCUCUGCGCCCCUUGUCACCCUGUUACAUGACAGGCUGUCCUCGCAGCGUCACGGGCUUAGGGCGCCCCCCGGUGGUCGCUAG